AUCUAUAAAUAGCCAUUUGGUAUGCAUUAUCACACAACAAUCACCAACACAAAGUUCAACUUUCAAAAUCUCAUAUCUAUAAUAUUACUGUUUAUUUAUCUCUUUCUCUUACUCUUAAUAGGGAAGUGAUAAUGGCAAGCACACCAAGUAUUCCAUCUCAUACAAAAGCUUGGGUUUACUCUCAAUAUGGUAAAAUAGAAGAAAUUCUAAAGUUUGAUUCUAAUGUACCUACACCACACCCCAAGAAUGAUCAAGUGCUCAUCAAAGUUGUGGCUGCUGCCCUUAAUCCUGUUGAUAUUAAGAGGGCUCUUGGACAUUUCAAGGACAUUGACUCUCCUUUGCCAACUGUGCCAGGAUAUGAUGUUGCUGGAGUGGUGAUUAGUGUUGGAGAAGAAGUAAAGAAAUUUAAAGUUGGAGAUGAAGUUUAUGGUGAUAUUAAUGAAAUUACUUUACACAAUCCAAAAACAAUUGGUACUUUGGCAGAGUAUGUUGUUGCUGAAGAAAAAGUACUUGCUCACAAACCAUCUAAUUUGAGUUUUGUUGAAGCUGCUAGUCUUCCUUUAGCAAUAAUCACUGCUUAUCAAGGACUUGAAAAAGUUGAAUUUUCUUCUUCUAAAUCUUUGCUUAUUCUUGGAGGUGCUGGAGGAGUUGGAUCUCUUGUUAUUCAGCUUGCCAAACACGUUUUUGGAGCAUCUAGAAUUGCAGCAACUGCUAGUACUCCAAAACUUGAAAUUUUGAGGAAGUUGGGAGCAGAUUUUCCAAUUGAUUAUACUAAGGAGAAUUUUGAAGAGCUUACAGAAAAGUUUGAUGUGGUGUAUGAUGCAGUAGGUCAAAGUGAUAGGGCACUAAAGGCUAUUAAAGAAGGUGGAAAAGUUGUGACAAUAUUGCCCCCAGGAACACCACCAGCUAUCCCUUUCUUACUCACUUCAGAUGGAAUUGUGUUAGAGACAUUGCAACCUUAUUUGGAAAGUGGAAAAGUGAAGCCAAUUUUGGACCCUAAAAGCCCUUUUCCAUUUUCUCAAACUUUGGAAGCAUUUUCCUAUCUCAAUACUAAUAGAGCUAUUGGAAAAAUUGUCAUUCAUCCCAUCCCAUAAGCAUGAUUAAUCAAGCACAUUAAUUUCUCUAGCUUUCAUUUGUACUAUUUUGGCUAUUUUAAAGUGUACUUGUGUGUUAGAAAUCUUUAAGAGAUAUGUUUGUUAUUUUUAAAUAUUUAUUUUAUAUGGUUUAUCUUGUGACUAAAGAAUAUGUGGUGAUA